AUGCAAGCUUACUUUGCUUUCAUCGCCCUCCUCGGCUUCAUCUGCCAACAGGCCUUCGCCGCCGACUGCGCAACAAAGCCCGCCACCUCUCCACUCGUGGAAAUCGGACCUGCCAUCGACGGUGUGUGUCCUACCGGCCUUACCUGCUACAUCAGGAGCGGCACAAACUACUGCUAUGGGACCGCUCCCAUCACUGACUGCACCGACAAGAAUUCCAACUGUGCCACCUGGAUCUCGAACGGCUUCUGCAAGAACCCAGCCUACACCGACGUCGUAGCUCAAUACUGCCCGAAAGGAUGCAAGCUCUGCACCGCCCCUGCUCCGUGUGUCGACCUCAACUCCAACUGCAAGACGUGGGUGGCCAACAACUUCUGCACCAACCCCGCCUACGCUAACGUCAAGAAUGACUACUGCCCCAAGUCGUGCGGCGGAUGC